AUGGGCGUCCAAGAUUCUCAUGGGGAGGCCACAGGAACGCCAGAGUCCGUAGAGAAGGGGUUUGCCACCCUCAACACCAUCCGGAUCGGUGUCAAGGUUAUAGUCCAGAAGGAUGGGGAAUUAAGAAAAGCAGAGAUAUUGUCUAUUAGGCAGCGUAAAGAUGGCCCGAGCUUCUAUGUCCACUAUGUUGAUUUCAAUAAGCGUUUGGACGAAUGGGUGGAUGCCGCAAGGCUUGACCUAUCCCAAGAGGUUGAAUGGCCACAGCCGGAGAAACCGGAGAAAAAGAAGACUGGCCCCGGGCAGAAAGCACCAAGCAAGAAUGCGCAGAAGCGCGCCAGGGCAGAGAGUCGGGAAGUUUCAGCGACACCGGAUCUUCUGUCGGGCAAAAAUGUGAAUGUUGGUAAAGCUCCACGUCCGUCCAAGGCUGGGGGCAAGGAGAACAGGGGCGAUGAGACACCGGCCAAUAUGUCGAUUCUGGGGUCCGAAGUUGUCUCUGCAGACGGGACUCCCAAGCUGGACUCUGAUGAUGUCGACAUGAUCGAUGUCGGGUUCUCAGACAUGAAAGAGGAACAAGGCAAGAAGUCGCGAGAAGAUGAAAUUGAACGCUUGCGGACAAGCGGUAGUAUGACGCAGAAUCCAACGGAAAUCCAUCGCGUGCGUAACUUGAAUCGCCUACAAAUGGGCAAAUUUGAUAUCGAACCUUGGUAUUUCUCGCCUUAUCCUGCCGAAUUCUCUGAUGUAGAUAUGGUCUACAUCGAUGAAUUUUGUCUGAGUUAUUUCGACAACAAACGCGCAUUUGAGCGUCAUCGUACCAAAUGCACACUUGUACAUCCUCCCGGAAACGAAAUCUACCGCGAUGACUACAUCUCAUUCUUCGAGGUAGAUGGCCGACGUCAGCGGACCUGGUGUCGGAACCUUUGCCUUCUGAGCAAGCUUUUCCUCGACCACAAGACGCUUUACUACGACGUGGAUCCGUUCUUGUUCUACUGUAUGUGCACUCGAGACGAAACAGGUUGCCAUUUGGUAGGGUACUUUUCUAAAGAAAAAGAUUCGGCCGAGGGCUACAACCUUGCUUGUAUCAUGACCCUGCCUCAAUACCAACGCCGCGGUUUUGGCCGGCUUCUCAUCUCCUUUAGCUACGAGCUCAGCAAACGAGAAGGCAAACUUGGCUCGCCCGAGAAGCCUCUGAGUGAUCUGGGCUUGCUGGGAUAUCGACAAUAUUGGCGGGAAACGCUGGUAGAUCUGCUCCUUGAACCCGGCCGAGAGUCUAUUAGCGAAAACGAUCUCGCAGUCCUGACAUCAAUGACCGAGAAAGACGUCCAUGAAACCCUGGUUGUUCUCAAUAUGCUCCGAUACCAUAAAGGAAACUGGGUCAUCGUCCUUACCGACAACGUCGUCGAGGAACACAAGAAACGCCUCGAUAAGGAGAGAACCAAAGGCUUUCGUAAGAUCGACCCGGCGCGUCUGCAAUGGAAACCGCCUGUUUUCACCGCAUCAAGUCGGACAUGGAACUGGUGA